AAAGCGGAGCAAGCUGACAGGGGAGACUCUGGGGGAAACACAAGCGUCAGACAAAGGACCUGUGUGUUCAUUCAUGUAUUUAAAUAGAUAUACAUUUAAAGAAAGUGCUUUUGUGGUCCUGCGUUACAGUAUAUGUAUUAUAUCAAUAAUAGAACCAAUUAAAUAUACAUUAAUGUACAUACAGACAUUUAUGCGCAAUUACCAUGCGCUGUUGUCAUGACGUUGAAUAACAUAAUGUACGGGGCAAAGAACUAGCGGGUAGGAGGGAGGGGAGGCUGGAUCAGGACAAAAAAAAAAAAGUCAGCAGGAUAUGGACCAUCUUACAAACGCACCCCUCCCCCAGCCGUGCACUUUUCCCUCCCUCACUAACAAAGCCAGUGAGAGCCGUCACAACUCCGGGGAGGGGAGAGGGAAAAGGUAGCGUGUUUUCUGUCAGUCUCACCCUGCGGGCUAUAGACAGCGCGUCUGACGGGUGCAGUUGGUGCAGUUAGAGCGCACAUAUUUCCCGUAUGUUCACUCAACGAGCUAUUGAGUGGCGGCCUGGCAGUGUUAUGGUGACCAUGGAGGAGCUAAGGGAAAUGGACUGCAGCGUGCUGAAAAGGCUGCUCAAGCGAGAGAGUGCGCACGGCAGCAGGAAUAGCAAGCGCGGCAGUGUCGGGGUCGGGGGCACUUGCUUGCUGCUGGACUGCAGACCCUUUCUGGCUCACAGCGCCGGAUUCAUUCAGGGCUCGGUAAAUGUCCGCUGUAAUACUAUCGUGAGGCGAAGAGCCAAGGGUUCGGUGAGUCUGGAGCAGAUCUUGCCGGCGGGCUGCAAAGAAGGCGAAGAAGAGGUGCUGAGUCGGCUGCGCUCCGGGCUUUACUCUGCCGUUAUCGUAUAUGAUGAGAGGAGCCCCCGUGCCGACGACCUGCGUGAGGACAGCACCGUGUACCUGGUAGUGCAAGCUCUGCGCCGGGACACUGACAGCUCCGACAUCUGCGACAUCUGCCUGCUCAAAGGUGGAUAUGAAAGAUUCCACUCGGAGUACCCAGAGUUUUGUGCAAAAACAAAGUCGAUAAACAGUAUUUCCCUGCCUGCCAGCAUAGCACCUGCUGAAAUGGGCUGCAGUUCUUGCACUACACCACUGCAUGACCAGGGUGGGCCUGUAGAGAUCCUUCCUUUCUUAUACCUUGGCAGUGCAUACCAUGCAGCCAGAAGAGAAAUGCUGGAUGCUUUGGGGAUCACAGCGUUACUGAAUGUAUCUCCUGACUGUCCCAAUCACUUUGAAGGCCAUUAUCAGUAUAAAUGUAUACCAGUGGAAGAUAACCACAAAGCUGACAUCAGCUCUUGGUUUAUGGAGGCGAUAGAAUAUAUUGACUCCGUUAAAGAUCAAAAUGGACGUGUCCUUGUUCACUGCCACGCUGGCAUUUCCCGCUCCGCUACCAUCUGUUUGGCCUAUUUGAUGAUGACAAAAAGGGUGAAGUUGGAGGAAGCCUUUGAGUUUGUUAAGCAGCGCAGGAGCAUCAUCUCUCCUAACUUCAGCUUCAUGGGACAGCUUUUACAGUUUGAAUCUCAGGUCCUAACCACUACCUGUGCUACAGAAGCUGCCAGUCCUUCUGCCACUUUGCGAGAACGCAGUAAGCCUUCCGGUUCACCCACAUCUACUUUUGUGUUUAGCUUCCCGGUGUCAGUAGCUGGUCCAAGCAGCAUUCCCUAUCUCCACAGUCCUAUCACAACCUCCCCCAGCUGCUGAAGGAAUACAGAAGCAUCUUUUGCAUUUAUCCUUUUAUGGCCACAGUGGGUCCAAAGUGACUUUUCUAAGGAGCACCAAACUUUGCCUCUAAGUAGGAUGCAAACUGUUUAUUAAUCGAGUGGGGGGUGGAAAAAAAAGCAAUAAUGGUGAAGAGAUCUCCUCUGGUGCACUGGAGAUGUACUUGUUUAUUUUAUAUUUAUGCAGACUUCUAUCCUUUUAUCUUUGACUUGUAUAUGUGUCAUUUAUUUUUAUUUUUUUUUUCCAAAAGCCUAGUGGCUUAAGGGCAGUUUUUAAUUUUUGUCACAUUUUUAAUAAUGAACACAACUUGGGAAAUGUUCUUUUCCCAAAGUGCCUAGUUUUCUAAUUUUCAAUUUUUUUGUAUUUAAUUCUAUAUUUAAAGAAAGUUUGUUUGCCUUGAAAGUUCUGUCCUCCAAAGUAUCAUAAUGCAAUAAGAAAACAAUUCCAACUUUCAAAAAAAGAAAAGGCAACUGCAAAUCUAUAACAAAUAUCAGAUUGAUUUUUAAAAGCACAACUGAAAGUAUUUAACAUGUCAGCAAACACAGUGGAAAGUUAGGCAGUUGAGGACAGAACAGGACUCUAGGGGGGUGUGUGUGUGUACUUCUGUUGUAUUCCAAAUACUGUUGCAAUAUUUCAUAUUUUAGUCGACUUUCUUGCCUAAAGCCAGCCUACUGACCAAGGAGCAUGGGGAGUGAAGUUACAAUCUGAAACAAGUUUCUUCAUUUAAAAUAAAUUAAAAUUCUUGCAGUAUGUAGUAUACAAUCAACAUUCAUGGCGUGCUUGCUGCAAGGCCAAUUCCAGAUUCAACUCGCACAGUUAAAAGGUUAUUUUAGGAACUGUGCGAUUAGUGACUAAUAUACAUAAUUGCACUAUACAUGUUUUAAGUAUUGUAGAGUUUAGCCAGGACCUCAGUAUUCUGACCACUAUUCAUUUUUUUUGUCUUGUCUAGUGUUGCUAUUUAUCAACAUAUAUUAUUGAGCUUUGAUGGUGUUCACGUGAAAUACAGAUUUGUCAGAUUUGUGUUUCCAAUAUUUUUACAUUUCACUUCAUAAAUUAACCAGUAUAUUAUGUAACUAUUGUAUUAUCUUACAGCAAACCCACAGCACCACUUGGCAGUGCUGCUAUCUGUGUGUCCAUAGGCACAUCGCUAUCUCAGAGGGCCCAUAGCAACAUGACUGUGCUGGUUCUUUGUCUCCCGUCCUUAAAAUUUACAAGGCUUUUACAAGUCAAAUUGGAAUUCUGUCAUGUCUUUUAUGGAACUUAUGGGUGACUUCUUAUAGCCUUAUAAAUGACCGUGUGUGUGGUACAUUAUCCUUUGCAUAUUAGACGAGACAAGUGAGCACUGUUUUUGAGUAUUCAUGCUACAGCUUAUUUAUGCCUACAUAUACUACCAGGAAGCACCAUGUUCUGGUGUUUGGGAAAGAUGGACAGAUAGCACCAGAUAGCAUUAUAUUAAUAAUCAGACACUUUAGAUUUGUUCUGCCAGUAAACUCAUUAUUAUUAGGGCUCUACCAUGCUUGUGUUUAAAACAAGCUACAGCAAAUAAUGGAGAUGCUAAACUCAUUCUAAUGCUGUAUAUUCAAAGAAUGGAACAGAUUUACAUUGUUGCCGUGACUUUCAUAAAUAGCUCAUUGUUUCAUAUAACAAUAAAAAAAAGGCAAUUGUCUUGUUCUUAAUCAUUUUUGUCCCAGAAGGGUCCUAAUUAU